AUGCUGAAGUUCGGUGUUGCCGUUUUGAUUUAUGUGGUGGUGGUUGUGGGUGUUUUAGACAACCUGUGGAAUUUCAGUCAUUCCAGGAAUACUAGUGUUGUGAUGGUUGGUUAUGCAGGUAAUGGUGUCAAGAUAGCUGGUGAUCACCAUUUGUUAAAGAGCUUAGUUUACUCCAAAGUCAAUGGAGGAAUAUCGUUGUCAAAAGGAGGCAAAAAAACGAACAUUUGA